AGUGAAGAAACAAACUAAUAAAAACUGAUACUAAACCAUUGAGAAUCUUCAGAAGGCUGGAAUUGGUGAGAGAUGGUAGAUGUUUAGUCCACCUGUCUUUUAACCUCUUGUUCUUCUUUCUUUUCAGGCAGUCAAGUGGACAGAGAUCAUGAGAAAUUUGAGUGGAGGCCAGGUAGAGGCAUUUGUCUUGGUGGGCUUCCCUACCUCACCACCCCUACAGCUGCUCCUCUUUAGUCUGCUCCUUGCAAUUUAUCUGUUGACGUUAUUUGAGAAUGCACUCAUCAUCUCCACAAUCUGGCUCAGUCCCAGCCUUCACCGCCCCAUGUACUUUUUUCUUGGCCAUCUCUCAUUCCUGGAGCUAUGGUACAUCAAUGUCACUGUUCCCCGGCUCCUGGGAGCCUUUCUUACCCAGGACCGUAGAGUCUCUUAUAUAGGCUGCAUGACCCAACUCUACUUCUUUAUUGCCUUGGCCUGCACUGAAUGUGCCCUGUUGGCAGUCAUGGCCUAUGACCGCUACCUGGCCAUCUGUGAACCCCUCCGUUACCCCAGUCUCAUGCCUCCCAGGCUGGCCACUCGUCUUGCUGCUGCUUCUUGGGGCAGUGGCUUCUUCAGCUCCAUGAUGAAGCUUCUUUUCAUUUCCCGACUUUCCUACUGUGGACCCAACACCAUCAACCACUUUUUCUGUGAUAUUUCCCCACUCCUCAACCUCACCUGCUCUGACAAGGAGCAAGCAGAGAUAGUAGACUUUCUCCUGGCCCUAGUGAUGAUUUUACUCCCUCUAUUGGCUGUGGUUUCAUCAUACGCUGCUAUCGUUGUAGCCAUCUUGAGGAUUCCUACUGCUCAGGGGCGCCAGAAAGCUUUCUCCACCUGUGUCUCUCAUCUGACAGUGGUUGUCAUCUACUACUCCUCCACUCUUUUCACCUAUGCACGGCCCCAGGCCAUGUACACCUUCAACCACAACAAGAUCAUCUCUGUGCUCUAUACUGUCAUUGUACCCUUCCUAAACCCAGCCAUCUACUGCCUGAGGAACAAGGAGGUAAAGGAUGCCCUCAAGAAGACAGUGCUGGGCAGAUGCCACUAUCCUAGAGAUGCUCCAGACUGAUGUACUACAGAACCUGGCAGGGAGAGAAGAGCAGGGUCUUAAUAAGGCCACCUCAAGGGAUCAUAGAAUAGGCUUUAAAGGAACAUAAAUAUCAAUUAGUCCAAAGUUUCUCUAAAUAUUGUCUGGAGACCUCCUAACACAAAUGAAAGUUUGUGAAUCAUUAGUCUUGUACAGGAAUUCCCAAACUAUAUUUGGCCUAGCUACAUAAGAAU